AUGCCUCCAGAGCUUGUUAUUUGCACAAAGAAAUUGCUGCACUCUGCGUAUUUCUCGAAACUUAGGGAACUAUGGGAUAAGUAUGAGACACUUACUCCUCCUCCUUCAUGUGGAUGCCCAGAGUCUGUUAAACAUGCUGAGCAUUAUCAGUUGCAAAAGCUAUAUAAGUUUUUAACUGGUCUUAAUGAUUCUUAUGAGAAUGCAAAUGAUCAAAUUCUUAUGACAAGGCCAUUACCAAAUAUAAACCAGACAUAUGCUAUGAUAGUGAAUGUAGAAAGUCAAAGGAAGAAUGGCAACUGUGGGAUCAAUACUAGUGUUGGUAUUGAUGGCAAUGAUGCUACUGCUCUAUUAAGCAGCAGAGGAAAUAACAAUCGUAACAACACUGGUGGUGGUAACACUAGUUACAAAACUAGAAACAAUUACAACUGUAGAAGGCCUGCACUUCAGUGUGACUACUGCAAGCUCAAAGGUCACACAAGGGACAGCUGCUACAAGUUGCAUGGAUAUCCAGCUGACUUCAAAUACAGAAAGAAGGGAGGGACACCUAAUACUUAUGCUAACAAUGUGUGUAGUGCAGGAAAUCAGGUGUCUGAAGCUCAAGGCUCAUCUCAGCAAGCAGCAUCUAUCUCUACACCACCAGCUCCAGCUCAGUUCUUCACUUCAGAACAAUACAAUCAAAUUCUGCAAAUGUUGAACAAAGGGAAAGAAGGAAAGCCUAUGGCUAAUGCAGCUCAGAUAGGAACAGCAGGUAUUCCUACUGCUCUAAUGUCUAAUCUAGUUGAUCAUAACUGGAUAGAACUCUCAAGUGGGAAGGUGAUAGGGAUUGGUAGAGAAGAGGAUGGCCUUUACAUUCUGAGGACAGAGGUAACCCAAGUCCACAGCUGGUCUUUGACAACAGGAAUGCGACCAAUCAUUCAUCUGGUGUUUGGUAGUCUUAGCUAUGCUACUACUGUAAAGAAAGGUGACAAGUUUAGUCCAAGAGCAAUCCCAGCUGUUCAUCUUGGAUAUUCAACUACUUAG